AUGUCGCUGUUCGGUAACAUUGGAGGCAACCAGCCUGCCUCGAGCGGGUCUCCGGCUCCGCCAUUCUCUUUGUUCGGCAGCAAGCCUGCAACCACAUCUGCUGCACCGGCCAGCAGCUUGUUUGGUGGUUUGGGAGGAGCGAAUUCAGGUGCUACUGCAAAAACAACACAGCCAGCAAGCAGUGGAGCAUUUGGCGGCAGUCUGUUUGGUGGCGCGUUGGGGGCAACGCCAUCUGCUGGUCCUGCUGCUGCAUCAUCGGCACCUGCAGGAGGUCUUUUUGGCGGAGCAGCGACAGCGCAACCACAGGCGCAAACAAGCAGCCUUUUCGGCGGUCUCGGAGGCGCAACGCAGCAAACAACAACCGCAAACCAAACCUCGAACCUCACACAAACGGGAGGACUCGGUGCAUCCUCCCUCUUCGGUACCACUUCAGCACAGCAACCGCAACAGCAGCAACAGGGUGCUCCUUUGGCACAGACAAACGCGGGUACGGGCCGGUCUGCGCACUUCGACCACCUGCUCGAGAGGGGCCGCAAGCGAAAUGCUGGCGAAAACGGCCUUGCCAACUUUGAUGAGCUGCCUUCGCUGCAGCUGGGCCUUGGAGAUAUUGCGCGCAAGGUCCGCAACCUGGGUGCUGGUGGACCCUCAGCAGCUCCGGCUCACGACGGUCAGCAAGACCGCGCCGCACACUAUCUACUCUCCGCAUCUGGCGUGAAGAUGGGCAGCACCCUCCGCGAUCUCAACCAGUUCUCGACGCAAGCAGGCUACAGCGCGAACGUGUCGGCGCCGAUCGCAUUCGAUAGCGAUGUCGACAGCUACGUCUCGAACCUCCACUCCCAAUCGACCCUUGCUCUCAUCCAGGAAGGCUUAGAACAGUCCAAGCGGGAUUUCGAUACGUUUCUCGAGGAUAACGUUCAGAUCGAGUGGGACAAGCAGCGACAGAAAAUCUACGAACACUUCGGUCUAGGCAGGCAGAGCGAAGAGAUGGCGGCUUCGCAGAGCACAUUCGGCAGCACAGCAGCUCGAGGCGCGUUUGGCCGCUCCACACGCAAAGGCCGAUCUAUGGGGCCUAGAGCUUCUACAACGAACGGCGCGUCGACAUUUGGCGCAUCUUCAGGCGGACCGUCAGUCAUUGGGCAUUCUCAGAGCGUCCUCAACGGACAUGACAACUCCGACAGGUCGGUGUAUGGUGGACAAUCUGGCCCACAGGAUCGCCAUGUUCGAGACAAGCAGGAGAGGUUCAUGGAACAGGUGAAGAACCUCAACGAAGACAGGCAACGUGAGAUACCCUUCUCAGUCUUGCAUGCUUUCUCCAAUGUGGAGAGCGCUGCAGCUGGAGAUAAUUCGGAUCAUUUCAUCAGCGCUUACGGAGCCCUCGUUUCCAUCACCGGCGAGAAGAUACAGGCAGAGGCAGCCAAUCCAGGAUCGAACAACCCCAAGGCGCGAAGCUUUGCCCGCGAAUAUCUGGAUGAGACAGCUACAUCGAGCACCAGCGUUAAGAUGCGCAAGCGAAUCUUGGAUGGGUCUCGAUCUUAUCUUGAGAAGAGGUUUUUAGAGCAUGUGGAGGAGGUGCUGAAGAAGAACCCCUCCGAGGCUCUGGUUGGCGGUGUACCUUCAAUGCUAAACAAGAUUCGUGGUUUCGUUCGAACUAAGGUUGCUUUCAAGGAGCUCGGUGCUGACCUCGACAUCCUACAGAAGAUAGGCGAAUCUGGCGAGGAAUUCCCGUGGGUCAUCGUAUUCUACCUGCUCAGGGCUGGUCUCCUAACGGAAGCUGCGGACUACGUGCGGGAGAAGAGGAGCUUCUUCCAGAACAACGAUCGGAACUUCCACCCAGCCAUCGCCUACUACGCGACAGAUCCUGACCGCAGACUAAGCCCUGAUCUCCAACAAAAAAUCAGCCACGUUCACGCGCAGCGGGCUCGUAUCAACACAGCAAACGACCCUUAUAGGACAGCGUGUUACAAGAUCAUCGGCCGUUGUGAGAUGAGCCGCCGGAACCUUGAGCCCAUCAAGGAGAACAUGGACGAUUGGGUCUGGCUACAGUUCAACCUGGCCCGCGAAGGCAACCGAGCUGAAGAGAACGCUGUCGAGAUCUUCGGCCUUGAGGAACUGCGGACUACCAUUAGGGAUAUUGGGCAGCGCCACUUCAUGAACGAUGACGGCGAGGCGUCGGGCGGAUACGGAGUUUACUUCUACCUGGCCACACUUGCAGGAAUGUUCGAGCCAGCCAUCAACUACUUGUACCAGCACAACUACGUCUCAGCGGUCCACUUCGCCAUCGCCUUGGACUACUACGGUUUGCUCAGAGUGUCAAACUGGAGCACUGCAGGCAGCGAAGUUCUGACGUAUACAACGAAGCAGCAGCCGCAAUUGAACUUCGGACGUGUCAUUGGCUACUAUACAGGCGACUUCCGCGCUGCACGGGCCGACGCUGCCGCUGAAUACCUCAUCUUACUCUGCUUGAACGCAGAUCUACCAGGUGAGGCGGGCAAGCAGCAAGCGGAGCUUUGCCACGAGGCUCUACGUGAGCUCGUGCUAGAGACUCGCGAGUUUUCGACACUUCUAGGCGAUGUCAAGUCGAACGGUCAGACAAAGCCCGGUCUCAUUCAGGAGCGUGUGCCCCUGCUCAAGCUGAAUGGAGAGAAUGGUCUGAUCAACACCAUCACGCGGGAAGCAGCCAAGAUGGCGGACGAUAACGGACGUACCAACGACGCUGUUCUUCUCUGCCACCUGGCCAACGAGUACGAUAGUGUCAUCGCCAUCCUGAACCGUGCUCUGUCGGAGGCGCUCUCCGUCGAGAUUGGACAAGAGCCUCUUCGUCUCGAGCCGUUAAAGCCGCGCCUAGCUGCCGCAGAUGGACAGCAGCAGCCGACCGACGAGACAUCCACAAGCUUGAGCAUGCUUGGAACGGACGACCCUGUUGACCUCGCACGGAAGGUCAUUGCUCUCUACGAUGGUAACAACCUGUGGUGGCGAAAGGUGUCGGAGCUCAACCGUGACACAAUUCGUAUCCUGUUCCAGCUGAAUGAAGCCAAGAAGAUUAUCGAGGCUCGCUCCUAUAUGGAAGCACUCGGCAUGAUCGAGAACCUGCGUAUCCUCCCCUUGUCUGCUAACGGCAACGUAUCGGAUAUCCGGGCGUCGGCGAAUAGCUUCAGCUCAUACCCACCAGAGAUUGCACGAAACAUCGGCAGUGUCCUGCUGUGGUGCAUUGGGUGCUGCUCGCGCCACCGCGAGCACUUGCUUUCUGGCCAGUUUGACGAUCCCAUGCGUAAGAGGCUUGCGGAUCAGCUGCUACAGAAGGCCAAGGACCUAAUGGUGUUUGCGGGUCUCAUCAGGUACAAGCUACCUCCACGAGUGUUCGAAACACUGGCUAGGGAAGGCCAGGACGUUGGAGCGUAUUGA